AUAAUAACGAGACGGUUUUGUAUAAAAAUCAUGUUUAUCUCCUCCCACUUUUAUUAUUAAUAAAUCUCUUGUCAUUCUGACUCGGGGUUGUAAAGAGAGAAGAGGUACUCCGAGUCCAAACAAGCUCUGAACACUGCACAUCAAGACUCAAGUCAUCAACAUGGGAAGAGCUCCUUGCUGCGACAAAGCCAACGUGAAGAGAGGCCCUUGGUCCCCAGAAGAAGAUGCGAAGCUCAAAUCCUAUAUUGAACAGCACGGCACCGGCGGUAACUGGAUCGCUUUGCCGCAGAAGAUCGGGCUGAAGAGAUGUGGGAAAAGUUGCCGUCUAAGGUGGCUGAACUACCUUCGCCCCAAUAUCAAGCACGGGGGUUUCUCCGAAGAAGAAGACAACAUCAUCUGCAGCCUCUACGUUAGCAUUGGAAGCAGGUGGUCGGUGAUUGCUGCUCAAUUGCCAGGAAGAACAGAUAAUGAUAUAAAGAACUACUGGAACACCAGGUUGAAGAAGAAGCUUCUGGGAAAGCACCGUAAAGAACAAGCACGCUGUCGGGGAAAGAGCAAGCAGGGAAUGAAUAAGACUAUUGUCGGAGAUUCAUCACUCCUUCCCGAAAACAGUGGUCAAGUUCAGGCUCAACGUCAGUAUUGGGCUCACCCACAGAUGAUGAUGAUGCCUGUUCUACCAACCUUGCCAUGCUCAGACCAAGCCCCGGGUUUCAACGACCAAGAUUCCAUUAGAAGACUUCUCAAACUCAUCAAGCUGGGAGGAGCGUUUUCUGAUCAGCCUGAUGGGCUCAAUUUUCAAUUACCAGAUGCUACUCCCUCCGAACAGUCGCCAAUUUAUCAAGUUUCUUCUGUUUCUGCAAGUUCUGUGAACAACAACCAACUACAAUUACCUCAUUUCCAUUACGACUCUGGACUCGAUAACUUGAUGCAAGGAGGCAGCGCUCUCACCCAAGCACAGGAGGAAAUGUCCGUGUCUUAUCCACCUGCACUUGAUGGGCUGGAAUACUUAUACAUGAUCAAUCAUGAUGGUAAGAUAGACCCUUCCAGCUCGUGUGACACCAGCACCAUAGUUUGUCCUCCUUUACUUGCUUCCGAUUAUGACCAAUGUAUGCCGCCACCUCAGGAAUUUGCUUUCCAGGAGUUGACUUAUCCAGGCGCCCACUAGCUAGAAUUGUGUACAUUGUCUCACUAUGCUUUAAUAACUAGCCAUUGGUACGUAGCAAAUUAGAGGAGUCAUCACCUACUGGUUUCCUUCAUAUAGUUAUAUCUUCAGCUAGCUAUUUAUGUACAUAUAGCUGGCCGUACAUGUCUGCUCUCUGGCUGUUCCACGAUUGUUUCUUUGCUGACACUUCAGUUUAUCUGACUACCUCGUGUAUUUGCCUGUAAUUUUUAGUUAUAUCAUUGAAAUAUUGUUCAUGUUCUGAA